CACCACCGAUUCUGCACUCAAUAUCCAGCGCCGAAUAUGUCAGAUAUUGGGCAGACGAAAGAUUCGUCAACGUAUAUCCAUGAUGGCAUGGACAUUCCGCCAUCCGAAUUCGAAAGGUUGGACGCGAUGAGUACUGGCAUAAAUGCAUACUUGGGAGGAAUCACACUCGCACCCCUCCUCGAUCAUCCCAAGAAAAUCCUAGACAUAGGGUGCGGCUCUGGUGCUUGGGCCAUUGACGCAGCUAGAAAAUUCCCGGACGCAGAAGUUUUGGCUGUCGACGUCAACCCUAUGCCGAAACGGUCGGUUCCUUCAAACAUGCUAUUCCAGCAGCUGAACAUCCUCAAAGACUCAAUGCCCUUGGAAACUAAUGCAUUCGAUGUGGUUCACCUGCGAUACACUCUUCUCCACCUUCCGAAUGGACAGACCGUGCUUCCUCGCUUGGCCUCCCUCGUCGCACCGCACGGAUACCUUCUCAUCGACGAAUGGACCCUUAGGGACCUCGACGUCAACGAUGAGACAUCCGGCAUGCAACUGGCGAACGUGCCUGGCAUCAAGCGAUGCAUCGUGACGUGGGCUGGUUUCAUGCGUUCGAGAGGUCAAGACCCUAGUAUUGGACCAAAAUUGAAGCCUUGGCUGGACGAGAUGUCGGAGUUCGAGACGGUAGAGGUGGACGAGGUGAAACUGCCACUCCAUCCUUUGCCUACCGAUCCAAAACUUCGCGCAGUGAGCAAGACGAUAUUCGCGUCUCUAUCACAAGCAUUUACGGGGCCUACUUCCGAAGCAUUGGAGAAGUAUGGAUAUACGAACGAAUUGAAGCAGGCAUGGUUGGAUGAAGUUGGGAGAAAAGACCUGGAAUGGAAGUAUACGGUUGCGCUUCAUUUCGUUUGGGCGCGAAAGGUUGCGGGAGGCGGGGUUUGACUCAAGUGGCCGUUGAUACGUGAUUUUCCUGAAAUAUUGCUUGGAGUUGGCCGGUGAGCAGAGCACUCUGAGAGGAAAUGACGCUAAGUAUUCAACUACUUUGAGAUCGGUAUGAUUCAGGUUUCUGUAUCUUUU